UGUGUUUGUGUGUGUGUGUGUCCUGAUGAUGAAAACCAUCACCAUCCCCAAAGGAAGUGAUUAAGACUGCUGUGAACAAACAUGUUAAAAUGACAGACACACCUGCAUAUCAAACAGAGUGUGUGUAGAGAAGGUCGACUGUGUGUCAAGGAGGACGUGUGUGUGUUGAGAAGGUCGAGUGUGUGUUGAGGAGGACGUGUGUGUGUGUUGAGAAGGUCGAAUGUGUGUUGAGGAGGACGUGUGUGUUUGUUGAGAAGGUCGAGUGUGUGUUGAGGAGAACGUGUGUUUGUUGAGAAGGUCGAGUGUGUGUUGAGGAGAACGUGUGUGUUUGUUGAGAAGGUCGAGUGUGUGUUGAGGAGAACGUGUGUGUUUGUUGAGAAGGUCGAGUGUGUGUUGAGGAGAACGUGUGUGUUUGUUGAGAAGGUCGAGUGUGUGUUGAGGAGAACGUGUGUGUUUGUUGAGAAGGUCGAGUGUGUGUUGAGGUUCUCUCUUGUCAUGGCUGUGGAUUUUAGCGGAUCGUGGCAGAUGUACGAGCAGGGAGACCCCGAGGAGUUCCUCAAAGCUGUGUCCAUACCACACCUAAUGGCAAAGAUGAUGAGGGAAAUUAAGCCCUUAAUUAUUAUAAAACAAACUGGUGAGGACUUUGUGGUCUCGGUUAAAACUCCAUUGCGCACAAACACCAACUCGUUCACCAUCGGCAAGGAGAGCGAAUUCACCACCAUGGACGGAGUGAAGACCCGGGCUACAGCACAAAUGGUUGAAGGGAAAAUUAUCAUAGAUACAGAGAAAGUCACACACAUGCGUGAGCUCCAGGGAGAGGAAAUGGUUGAGUUGUCUUAACAAUACAUCACUGAACAACUUUCAUGUGGUCCAAAAUGCUGCUGCUAAGCUUCUGACCAAGUCUUCUAAAAAGACUUUCAGAGCUGGCUCUGCAACCCUGGUCAGAAGAUACAGGAAGACUUGAAACGCACACAGGCUGAAAUAAUAAAAAAUAUAUUAUUAUAUUAAAAAAGACGCAGUUUUGUGUAAGAAUAAAAUUUAAAGUAGCUGUAUGUACUUUAAUAAAUGUUUAACGUUUAAUGUUUAUUAAUGUUUAACUCCCUGGGCAUAAAUGAA